AUGGGUUUCUGUCCAUUUCAGCGACGAGCUUCCGAACCUCCCAAACCAUACUCCGAACUCGACUAUCCUCUCAUGGAUCUUUCAUCCCUCGAGGGCGCGCCGAUGGUUAAUCCAAAAUUCAUUGUUCCACCAGAUACGAUGACUCCUCGUGUUCAUAAACACUCGCGUGCAUCCAUUCAAUAUUUGCUUGCAAAACCUCUGCCACCGAGUCCCACUUCAACGGACGCUAUCUCGCCAACACCGAAUUGUACCAGAUUAUAUGACUGGUCACACAACCGCUCUGCAGUUGGUGGCAGACUAAGGCGGGCUUCGGCCCGUAGACGCAUACGCGAUCAACCGGAUGAACUGUCUCCUAACGGCGACCCGCAAUAUGAACGCCAGGUGACCCCACGCAGAAAACACAUUACAAAUCCUCCCGUACGACCACGGAGCUUUGUGCCUCUCACUUGGCUAGAAGAUGAAAAGAAAUGGAUUGUUGGAGAGAUAUAUAUUCCCCAUACACAUGAUUCUCGGGCUCAAGAUGAUACGGCGUCUUCCCGAUCGGUGGGCUCACCAAUUUCGCCCGUUUCACCAAUUACACCGUGGCAGGAUGUCAUUCAACGGCUUGAUGAGCACAUCGAUUUAGAUAAUCGCCUUUGGCAGGAGAAUUUGCUGGGUCAGCCCCCGCCGUUUGAUAGACAUAGCUUUGGUCAACCACAUGACACAAGAGAAGAUAGGGUGUCCAGCUGGGUUGCAGCUACUCGAAGGAUGCAUGAGGAUCGGCGGAAUUGGAUGUGA